AAAGCUUAUCUAGCUCUCUCUGCCACCAACACGCAUUCUUGCCUUGUCGUCACUCGUGCUUGCUGGUUCAAUUUCUUUCGUUCUCUAGUUUCGCGCGUCGUUGUUGUCAUUUAGGUCCAACCAUUUGAACUCAGUGCUCAGGUUUUGCCCUAGUAACAGUGUGAGAGUGUGCCCUGAUCGUUUCAACGAUUUUCGAUUCGUGGCCCUUUGUCAAAUCAAGAAUUGUUUCACUCCUUGUUUUGUCAUUCUCUUUCCUGAUCUUUCGUCACAGGUUCUAGCGCUCAUAUGGUGCGUCAAACACAAUGGUGAGAUGGAGAAUCGCGACUCGACACUGACGACCGGCAUUCCGUCCCAGCUGCAGCAGGGAAUCUCCUGUAAAAGUGGUCCGUGCCUUCGCUUCAGCCUUUCCUAGAGGAGGUGGUUAUCGUUGCCUCAACUGGCCCAGGCUAGACUAGACAAGGUCAUAAGCCGUGCGAGUCGAAUAUCUCGCAGUAGAAGACGGACUAGAAUCGCCAAAACAAAUCUGACAAAUCUGUGCUUGUCGUCAUGGCGCUCGAUUUUUUGGCUGGCUGCGUUGGAGGUUGUGCUGGAGUUGCCGUUGGGUACCCGCUGGACACUGUCAAGGUCCGAUUACAGACGCAAGAUGCAAGACAUCCUACCUAUCGUGGAACAUUUCACUGCCUGCAGACCAUCGUGCAGCAAGAAUCGGUACGUGGCUUGUUCAAAGGGAUGUCAUCACCCAUGGCCAGCGUUGCGGUAAUCAACGCCAUGAUUUUCGGCGUUUACGGCAACGUGCAGCGGCGAUUGAGCGAGCCGGAAUCUCUUCGUUCUCACGCGUUGGCCGGAUCGGUUGCCGGACUGGUGCAGAGCUUCGUCUGCAGUCCCAUGGAGCUGGUCAAGACUCGCAUCCAAAUUCAAGAGCAAGUCUGCACCAACGGUGUCCAACUGUACAAGGGACCAGUGGACUGCGUUCGCCAGAUAUGGCAAGCCGAAGGGGUGCGUGGCAUUUUCCGCGGCUUAAACAUCACUAUCGCCAGAGAAAUUCCGGCCUUUGGUCUCUAUUUCGCAAGCUACGAGGCCAUGACUCGCCGAAAAGAUCCGAGCAAGCCGCUCGGCACGUUUCACAUGAUGAUGGCCGGCGGAGCCGCCGGAAUUGUUUCCUGGCUCUUCACUUAUCCCAUCGACUUUCUCAAGUCUCGUCUGCAGGUUGACGGUCUAGCUGGGCAGCGUGUUUACAACGGCAUAGGCGAUUGCAUCAUGAAGACUUAUCGCAACGAAGGCUUUCAUGGAUUCUUCCGCGGCAUGCCUACCACGUUGAUUCGCUCAUUCCCCGUCAACGCAGUAACAUUCUCUGUGGUUACGUGGAUGUUGCGCUGGUGCGAACCUUCGGCGCAGAGCAGCAGCGUCACCUACCAGGACGCCUCGUCGCUACAGGUGCCGGAAUCGCUCGUCAAUACGACGUCGUUCGCCCAUGAUUAUCAUCACGUGACGAACCGAAUGCCUCAGAACGAGUGGCUGGCCGAGUGGAAGCCACUCAUGCCGAUGCUAACGCUGGGCCAGGUCACGUUGGUUUUUCCGAGCCGCAACUAUGCGGUUCAUUGCGGCUGUAACGAUUGGCUCGGCGGUGCGGUAAGUUCGCUCGUCCACUUGAGCCAAGUGCACAACAUCGGCGCCGCUGCCGCUAACUGUCGGCCAUCAUCGACCAAUGCGGCUAGUGCGACGGUUGACAAACGGGCUGGCCCGUUGGACAACUGUCACUGCCGAGAAGCGGAAGAAGAGAAAAAACGUCAGCCAAUCCACAUAACCGGUGAUUCGUCGUACGCAACGGCUGCCGCGGCUGCUGUGGCUGUUUGCUCGGCUGUUUGUUGUCCAGCUGUGGAUGAAAUGGCUUAGAUUCACCACCUGAGCGAGCAGUGCUGUUUGCCUAUAAUGGAACAUGCUUGCGAAUCAUAACAAGCCAGCGAUUGCGAGCAACAGCACAAGUUUGUAGCCGUUUAGCUUCAGUAGAGUGCAUAUAGUAAAAGAGAAACGAGUCCCAACGCAACUCGUUAUUUUACUUUUCCACUUCGUUUUAUUCUACUCGUCUUGUUAAAACACAAUUCUACAUGUUAAAGUUUCUCGAUUUUUUUUUUGUAUUUUUUACACCAAUUUUUGACGCAAAUCCCUCAUACCCUUAGCGUAUACGUGCUGAAAGAUAAAAAAAAGAAAAGAAAAACAAAAAAACAAACAAAAACAAACAAAAACAAACAAAAACAAACAAAAACAAACAUAUAUAUAAAAUAUAUAUAUAUAUACGAUGCACACAAGAGUUACGACGAAACUUAACUAUGCCAAAGGCCAAACAUUUCGUUUGGCCUUGGCGUGACGUGCGUGCAGCGUUUGAAAGUGGCGCAGCGUGCAAAAUGUUUCAUUUUUUCCCCCUCACUGUAUAUGCUGGCCCUGUUUCGUUUCGCAUAUGGUUCGUUGUUCAACUCUUUCUCGUGAAUUGCGUCUAUGUGUUGCCUUAUGUAUACUGAUGUGUGCGGGAUCUUUUUUUUCAAAUUGUCUUGCGCCUCGCGGUCCGGUCGCCAGAUGUCAUUGCUCGGGCUGUGAUUAAAAAACAAAAACAAAAAACAAAAAAUUCUA